AUUUAUCCAAACAAAAUUAACACAAAUCAUUUCCUUCUAUUUUCUUCCCUUUCUUUUCCUCCCCCUCCAUUUCCUUUUAUUUUCCUCCAUUCCCCUCCCUUCCCUUUACUAUUUUCUAUCCAAACAAGGCGUUAAUGUGAAAUUCAAGUUUGUUUCAUUAUCAAGAACGAGAAUUUCGAUUUGAAUUUUAGUGUUGUGAAAAGAUUACUGCAAAUGGGAUUUGAACUAAAUUUGUUUUUCUUGCAUGGGUUCAUUAAUGAUGGUUUUGAUUGUUUCUGAUGUUGUGUUGCUCGUCUUGCCUCUCGGUUUCGUUCAGUUUGAUGUUGAAUUUUGAAUUUUUUUUUUUUUCCUCUUAACAUCCCCAUUGUACUACCAACACUUUGGAGGGGAAGGCAUGGCAAGGCUUCAAAGAUUUGGGUCUGUUGUCUUCAAAGAUGUUGCAACAUUUAUUUUCUUUUCUAGGUUUGUUUUUGAAUUGUCUAGCCAUGGUUGCUUUCUUCGGGUGGAGUCGAGGAGGUGAGGAGGCAAUGGAGAUGAUUUCAAAAGGGGCAAAAAAGGAGAUGGAGAUGAUUGUUGGAGGAGGCGAGGAGUAGGGGCUGAUUUUUGAGAGAAAAGACGAACAGCAGAGCUGGGUUUUUUUAGAGGAAAAUAACGCCGUUUGGUCUGCGACUUCAAUGUUUUUUUUUUGGAGGUAAGAUUGACGCUCACUUUCCCCAUAUAUAUAUACAUCGUUUUCCUCUCUAAAACCCAACCCUGCUGUUUGUCUUUUCUCUCAAAAAUCCAACCCCUACUCCUCGCCUCCUCAGACAAUCAUCUCCAUCUCCUUCUUUGCCCCUUUUGCAAUCAUCUCCAUCGCUUCCUCACCUCCUCACUCAAAAAGCUCACCAGUAAUGUCACCCCCUCUGCAAUCAUCUCCAUCUCUCCCUUUCCCUCUUUUCCCUCAUGUGAGGUUGAGGCAAUUAGAAGCCAAGAGACAUAACCACACCUCCUCACGAGCUCGAAGUGCCAUAGAACAAAAGAAAAUGAGAUUUGUGUUCCUUUGUCACACGUGCUUGAGGGAGUUGCAAACUAAUUUAUUAGGGUUUUUCAAGUUUGGUUGCUAUGAUUUUGAUUAUAAUAGUGUUGAAAUUUAAUGAUGAGAAUUGAAAUUGCAAUUUUAAUUAUAAUAGAAAAACCCAGAUCUA